AGAGCCACGUGACCCCAACGAGGGUUCGGAACGACCCCGGCGCGUAUGGAGGGGGGGGCAGGAGAAUCCUCGGUGGAGCUGACGUUGGAUAUAAAGAGGCAACGCGAUGCUUGUCCCCCACAGAAACAUCUGCAAGCCAUUAUGUCCAUGGCCUCCAGAAAGACCUCCUGCAACAAGCGAGCGGCGAUGUGCAGCAGGACAGGCGGGGCCCUGGGCUUCCUGCUUAUCCUGGUUAUCCAUCAGGUGUCCAGCAGCGGAAGGUCAGACUCGGCCGAGAAGCCGGUCCACAGAGAAUCCACGUGGCUACUGAGACAGGCAGUGCGCAUGACGCCUCUGUGGAGGACCCUGGGAAGCAAGCCCUUUGGGGCCUUCUGCAGGGACAGCUACGAGUGCUCCACCCGAAUCUGCAGGAAUGGUCAUUGUGACUUCCACCAACCAGACAUGUCGUGAAGAUAGACAAUGGAGGGAGAAGAAAAGUCUCAAGGAGGAACUGGAAAGCUGCUUUUUACACUUUACAUCUACACUCUGAGAUUAACGUAGGGGGUGAACGAGCAAAAUCCCGAGGCUUUAUUCUGAUCCUUUUGAGAGAAAUGUGUGUUGUGGCAGCAUGCGAACAUUUUUUUGAGGUGGGUGUAGUUCAUCGUAUAUUAGUCUAUAGCAGUGUUUCUCAACUCAGUCCUCAGAGACCCCCAUUCGGUUCACGGUUUUGCUCCCUCCCAACUCCCUACCCCGGAGCAAAAAUGUGGACUCUCACAGCUGAGGGAGCUGAGAGGGACCAAAAACACGGACCGUCUGGGAGUCUCUGUGGACCGGCUUGAGAAACACAGCUUUAGACUGUACAAAGGAAGCCAGGUGUGUCAUUUGGUUGGUAAUAGCGCUGGUUUGGAGGCGACUGCCUGAAAUAAUAGCAUGUGUGUUGCUGGUAUGCAGUUUGACAUGUGCACGAGCUAUAGCUGCCUACAGUUGAAACCUGGACUUACUUAAAAAACAUGGGUAACAGCAAAUAUGGUGCCUAGCUUUGGAAUGCGGGACAGACUGCUCCCUUUGUAUCUGCAGGAUUUUGUCUGCCCCUAACGCUGACCCCACGUUCCUUACUACCACAGCAGUCAUUCCUCCGGAGAGGACGUUACACCAUGUAAUGUGUUAUAUUAUUCACUGCAUUGAGGGAUGUGAGACUGUUCACUGGGUGUCGCAGUGGUUAUGUGCUGCAUGGCCCAUGAGUGGUAAAGCUUUGGAACUUUACAUCUCUAUGGUUUGUAAGCAGAAACAGGAGUGAAAUACCACGUGGAAUGUGAAUUGAGACGGUAACACGAUGAAGGUAAACUAUUUGAGGAAUUUGUCUGGGUGAAAUUCCAUGUAUUGUCCACUUAUUUAAAGAAAACAUACUCAUAUAUAUGUCCGUGCUAGUUACUUUAUGUUUUUGUCCUGUCAUUGUACUGUAAUUUAAUUUGUUUUAAAUUUGCAAGUAUACUGUCUAUCAACAACUUGAAAUAAAUAAAAUCAGAAUUAGAAAUUAAAA